GCGCCCUCUCGCUCCGUCCGCCCGGGCGCCGGCGUUCGCGCGCCGCUCCGGAAGUGGGCUCGUGGCCCGCGGCUCCUGCCUCGGGCCGGCGACCGUCGCCACGGUGGCGGCCACCGCGUCACGGCCCACCUCGGCGGCGCUGGGCGCCGUGGUGACCGCGGGCCCCGAGCCCAUGAGCGGCCAGGGGCAGUCGGGGUCCGGGUCGUCGGCGUGGAGCGCGGUGUUCCGCCACGUCCGCUACGAGAACCUGGUGGCCGGCGUGAGCGGCGGGGUCCUGUCCAACCUCGCGCUCCACCCGCUCGACCUCGUGAAGAUCCGCUUCGCCGUAAGUGAUGGAUUGGAAUUGAGGCCAAAAUAUAAAGGAAUUGUGCAUUGCUUGACGACUAUUUGGAAACUUGAUGGACUACGGGGGCUUUACCAAGGAGUCACCCCAAAUGUGUGGGGUGCAGGCUUAUCCUGGGGACUUUACUUUUUCUUUUACAAUGCCAUCAAAUCCUAUAAGACGGAAGGUAGAGCUGAGCAGUUGGAAGCAACAGAAUAUCUUGUCUCAGCUGCUGAAGCUGGAGCCAUGACCCUCUGCAUCACAAACCCACUGUGGGUAACAAAAACUCGCCUGAUGUUACAGUACAACGGUGUGGUUAAUCCCCCGCAGCAGCAAUAUAAAGGAAUGUUUGAUACACUGGUGAAAAUAUAUAAGUAUGAAGGUGUGCGUGGAUUGUAUAAGGGAUUUGUUCCUGGCCUCUUUGGGACAUCACAUGGUGCCCUUCAGUUUAUGGCAUAUGAAUUGUUGAAGUUGAAAUACAACCAGCAAAUGAACAGAUUACCAGAUGCCAAAUUGAGCACAGUAGAAUAUAUAUCUGUUGCAGCACUGUCCAAAAUUUUUGCCGUAGCGGCAACAUACCCAUACCAAGUUGUGCGAGCUCGUCUUCAGGAUCAGCACAAGUACUACGCGGGUGUGUUGGAUGUGAUCACAAAGACCUGGAGGAAAGAAGGCAUUGGUGGAUUUUACAAAGGAAUUGCCCCCAAUUUGAUUAGAGUGACUCCAGCCUGCUGUAUCACCUUUGUGGUAUAUGAAAAUGUCUCACAUUUUUUACUUGACCUUAGAGGAGAAAAUAAGCAAUAAGAUAAUUUCUGCAUAUCAAGCCAAGGCAGCAACAAUGUUCCUUUAUACCAACAUGGAAAACUCAGUAACACAGCACAGUAAUCCUGGCUCAUAAUCAAAUUGGUCCACAAUCAGUAGAAAUCCGAGAACUGCCAAGUCACGGUUUUUGUCUGCUUUUUUCCUUCCCCUGUAUGGGCUUGAUUCCCACUGCCUGAACCGGCCAUCAGCGACACCCAGCCCUGAGUCCAGCAGUUUCGCAUGUUUCUCCAUUUCCUCAUUCAAGUCAAAGCCGAUGGGCAGCACUUGCUAAGGGAUUUAGACACACUUGCUGCUGCUCCUGAACUCUGGCCUGCAUCAGCUUUAGAAGCCGCGUCUGUGCAGUUAGCAAGAAAAUGGCCUCUGAGAGGAAAGCUGGGCUGUUUCAAGGGUAAAUUUUGAUGUUUAAGGAUUUACUGAUGAAGGGUUUACUCAACUGGACUGCUUUAGAAUCAGGACAUUCUUGCAAAUGCUGUGUAGUUUUUUUGAUGUAAUUAGAAUGCAAUCGAAAUUUGAAGUUCUGUACUUCUCUUCAUUUGAGAGAUCACAUCUUCAGUCAUUCUGGUACUAGUUUAUUGUGAUGGAGCCCUAUCUGUGAUUUAAAAUGUAGUCCUGCAUCCAGUUAUUUUUAAUUUGGGGGGCCACAGAUGUUUAAUGUCUUUUAAAUUUAUAAAAUCUGAACCUCUAAGGAUUCAGCUGUGUUGCCCUUCUUCAGCAUAUAUAACCGUGAGGUGCUUGUUGGUGUCGCUAACACAUCACCUCACCUUCCCCAGGUGUUAGCAUGGUUGGAUAUUUUUGUUGACUGACUGACUGAAUGAAUGAAAAUGAGAAACUUGUAACUUCUUCAUUUAAUUUUCAGGUAAUAGGGGCUCAGGCCCCAAAUAAGUGAUUACUCAUCUACAUUGAUUGCACGAAUUCAAACUUGUAUACAGGUUGCAUAAUUGGCUAUUAUGGAAUUUACUUUCAUUGUGUUGCAGAUAUCUCUAUAAAGACCUGAUCCUAAGAUGCAGGAAUAUUUCAAAUGUUUUUAUUUAUUAUUAGUAUCUGUAAAGGCUGUUGCACUACCAUUUAUUUGUUCCGAACAGAACUGGUUUUCAAAGCCAUAUUUAGGUGGUUCUUUGAAAAUAGGUCUAUUUUUUUAUAUUUAAAAAAUGGCACUGUUUAAAAAAUAAAGAUGAAAUGAUAAGUAUCUAAUUGUACUUCUUAGAAUCUCUUGUAAAACAAAGGAAUGCUUUAUAAAUUAAAUUUGGUGUAUUUUUUCACA